CUCUCUCUUUCCAGAAUAACCGAUAAGGCUGCUGCUGCUGCUGCUUCUGCUUCUGCACAAUCGAUGACCUGACCGGAGCCCGCUGCACAUCCCGGUCCUCUGCUGGCCCUGCCGCUUUGGUUUAAGCACUGAACAUUGGACACUGAAAUAAGGAGGCUGGAUUAAAGGGAAGGAUGUUCCCCUCCUUCACAAAGGUGCUGCUGGUCACAGCGCUGUCCGGCAUCUGGGCCCAAGACCUAUAUGAAGAUCGGAGAACUAACAAGAAAAUCAGGGUCAAACCUCUGGCUGCAAAUAUCCAUGACGGACAAGCCAUCCUUGAUGAGGACUGCAACUUGGAGCUCUCCUUCUUGUUGGACAGCUCUGAGAGUGCAAAAGACAACCAUGAGCAGGAAAAGCAGUUUGCUAUAGACGUGGUGGAGAGACUUCAAGGCUUACGGCUGCAGACCGGCCGCAGUUUGAGUUUGAGGGUGGCUCUGCUGCAGUACAGCAGUCACGUUAUCACUGAGCAAACCUUCAGAGACUGGAGGGGAAUAGAGAACUUCAAGACCCGGAUAUCUCCCAUAAUCUACAUCGGGCACGGGACCUACACCACCUACGCCAUCACCAACAUGACCAAGCUCUACCUGGAGGAAUCCAGCCUUGGCAGCAUUAAAGUAGCCGUGCUCCUCACUGAUGGCAUAUCCCAUCCGAGGAACCCCGACAUUUUCUCCGCCACUGCUGACGCCAAGAACCAGGGCAUCAAGUUCUUCACUUUGGGCAUCACCCGGGCGGCCAAUGAGCCAGCCAAUGUUGCUCAGCUCCGUCUGCUCGCCAGCUCCCCGGCCUCCCACUUCCUCCAUAACUUACAGGAUGAAGACAUAGUGGGAAAAAUCGUCACUCACAUUACUGAUCUAGCAGAUGAAGGAUGCCCUCUGGCUCAGAGAUGUGCUUGUGAGAAAGGAGAGCGGGGACCCAGUGGGCCUGCGGGGAAGAAAGGCCGUUCUGGUGAUGAUGGAGCCCCAGGGCUUAAAGGCCAAAAGGGUGAAGCAGGAUUAACUGGAGUUUCUGGGCGUGAAGGUGCAGAGGGGAAACCAGGUUACAAAGGAGAGAAGGGUGAGAGGGGGGAGUGUGGCACUCCAGGAAUCAAAGGAGACAGGGGUGUUGAGGGCCCACUUGGAGCAAGAGGAGUAAGAGGGCUACAGGGUUUACCAGGACCACAUGGAGACAUUGGACCAGAGGGCCCUCAGGGAAAGCAGGGUGAGCGAGGCCCACCGGGCCCUCCAGGAAUUCAGGGGGAAACUGGUAUUGGACUUCCUGGACCAAAAGGUGACGUUGGUUUCCAAGGCCGAACAGGUCAUCCUGGUCCUCCUGGAGUGGGUGAACCCGGUCUUCCUGGACCUCAAGGACCACAAGGAGUUCAAGGGGAAAAAGGGCCAACUGGCGAAGGGCUUCCCGGACCAAAGGGGGAUCGAGGGUUCCCAGGACCGAGGGGGCCAAGGGGACAACAGGGUGCAGGAAUUAAAGGAGAAAGGGGUGACUUGGGACCUCCAGGGUUUCCAGGACCUGCUGGACCAACUGGAGCUGGCAUACAGGGAGAGAAGGGAACUGAGGGACCGAGAGGACCACCAGGGGUCAGAGGAAUUCCAGGAGAAGGUUUACCCGGAUCUAAGGGAGACCAAGGUUUACCAGGUGAGCAAGGAGCUCCAGGAGAGAGAGGCAUUGGUGAACCUGGUUCAAAGGGAGAACCUGGAUCAGCGGGAAUGGGUGGCCUGCCUGGUCUUCCAGGAGAAGACGGAGCUCCAGGACAGAAGGGGGAGCCUGGCUUACCUGGUCUAAGAGGUUCUGAGGGAGCACAAGGCAUUGGCACUCAAGGAGAGAAGGGCGACCAGGGUCCGCGAGGCAUCCGUGGAUUACAUGGACCUCCUGGGAUCUCAGGACCUUCAGGGCCAAAGGGUGAACGUGGGAUACCAGGCCAGCAAGGCAUGCCAGGGCAGCCGGGACGAUCCAUAUCAGGUCCAAAGGGUGAUGUUGGUCCUGCUGGUCCUCCUGGUCAUAUUGGGGAAACAGGCUAUGGACUACCUGGUCCAAAGGGUGACCGUGGUCUUCCAGGUUUACCAGGUCCACAUGGCCCAAAAGGCGAAGGCCUCCCUGGCCCUGUGGGUCCUCCAGGCUUGCCAGGUUUACCAGGUGAGCCAGGCCCAGAGGGAGUGGGACUCCCUGGUCCUAAGGGAGACGUUGGCUUCAGAGGGUUGCCAGGUUUGCCUGGUCCACCAGGAGAGGGUUUACAAGGACCACCAGGUAAUGUUGGGAGGCAAGGACCUUCUGGCCCAGCUGGACCUCCAGGAGAAGGUAUUCAAGGCCCAAAGGGAGAGCCAGGUUCUCAAGGCAUGACAGGACCGAGAGGGCCUCAGGGAGAUGGAUUUCCUGGCGCUAAGGGUGAUCGUGGAUUACAGGGUGAGAGGGGAAUGAAGGGUAUAAAAGGAGACCUUGGAGAUCCAGGUGUCCCAGGUGAAUCGGGGAGACCAGGAGCAAAGGGAGACCCAGGCCUCACAAGAGAAGACAUUAUCAAGCUGAUCAAAGAAAUCUGUGGAUGUGGCAUCAAGUGCAAGGAAAGGCCAAUGGAGCUCGUGUUCGUCAUUGACAGCUCAGAGAGCGUCGGCCCCGAGAACUUCGAGAUCAUCAAAGACUUUGUCACGAGGCUGGUGGACCGGACCACGGUCGGACGCAACGCCACCAGAAUCGGUCUGGUACUCUACAGUCUGGACGUCCAUUUGGAGUUCAACUUGGCACGCUACGUGAACAAACAAGAUGUCAAACAGGCAAUCAGAAAAAUGCCUUAUAUGGGUGAGGGUACUUACACCGGCACUGCCAUUAGAAAGGCGACUCAGGAAGCUUUCUUCAGCGCCCGCCCGGGGGUCAGAAAAGUAGCCAUCGUCAUCACUGACGGUCAGACAGACAAACGAGAGCCUGUCAAGCUGGACAUAGCAGUGCGGGAGGCUCAUGCUGCUAACAUUGAGAUGUACGCUCUGGGGAUUGUCAAUUCUUCUGAUCCUACACAGAAUGAGUUUUUGCGAGAACUCAAUCUCAUUGCCUCAGACCCAGACACUGAACACAUGUACCUUAUUGAUGACUUCAACACGCUAACAGCGCUGGAGUCCAAACUUGUCAGCCAGUUCUGUGAAGAUGAAAAUGGAGCCCUUAUCUACAAUCACAUUACAAAUGGACAUUGGAACGGCAAUAAUGGGAAUGGUUUUAAUGGAAACAAUGGACACGGAGAGAACAGUCAUGGGUAUAAUGGCUAUGGCAACAAUGGAUAUGGAAACAAUGGGAAUGGAGACAAUGGGAAUGGAAACAAUGGAAAUGGUUACAAAUACCAAGAGGAGAUCUUGAAUCAGAGACGCCCCAACAGCCGAGGUCGUGGAGACACUUUCACGCUGCCCAUCAGUGCUGAUCCUCUCCCCUUUCAGGUGGUGGAAGAUGACGACGGCGAAGAUUUAGACUUAAGAGUCCACGUGCGGGGUGGUAGCUCUGUGUCUGUACUCAAUAAAACAAAAUUGUUAUCGCCUCUGAGAGAAAACUCUGUCUCCAGUAAGGGCGUCUUAUCAUCUUCGUCAUCAUCUUCAUCUUCAUCUUUGUCUUCAUCGUCGUCUUCAUCAUCAUCUUCAGUGUCAUCUUCUGCUACAUCGUCAUCAAUGCUGGACUCCGUUUCAACUUUAAACCCCAGACAGUUAGAGCCUGUGGUGAAGGUCCUGACACAAGACACCCCUCUUCUGAAUCCUCGCUGUAACCUCAGCCUGGACCAGGGCACCUGCCGAGAAUACAGCAUCAGCUGGUACUAUGACAAGCAGGCCAACGCCUGUGCACAGUUUUGGUACGGAGGCUGUGGUGGAAAUGACAACCGUUACGAAACGGAGGAGGAAUGCAAGAAGACCUGUGUUUUAUUCAGAACAGCUGCAUAAAACGAAGUGAGGCCCUCUUCUUCAUAACUUCUUUUCUGUCAACUGAUUUGUUAGUUUCAUGUGAUGCAUUCAGCCUUUGUUGUAUUUGUGUUGAGGACAUUUCUAAUACUUUUAAUCCUGAGAUAGUGAUGCAGAGACUAAUCAGUAGAUUGCUGUUUUAAAACCAUUAUUGUGUGUGUGACAUUCAUUUCUGUAAAGACCGACAUUACCUCAGAGAUAUUCUAUUAAGCUCAAUAGCUUGAUACAGCAGAAGAAAUUCUCUAUUCAGGCUUUGCCUGUCCUGGUUUAAAGUGACAUAAAAUCACAGAUGUUACUGCAUUUGACAUAGACACAUUUCAUACCUCUCUGAGCCGCGUACUUUACGUACACUGAAUAUAUUUCUAUUCAUGGUGAGAUGUUUUAUCUUAUGUUCAUAUGUGUACUUUUAUGUUUGUAUUGAUUGUUUUUAUUGCAGUGUGUACUUUCUGAUUAUAACUGGCAGCUGUAGUUAAAGGCUAUUUUCAUAUGAGUACUGCUUUCAGAAGUUUACUACAAUCCUGCGAAUGAAGAUUAAGCCUUUCUGCAAUCUAGCUAUGAAAACCCUACCUGACUGGGCAGUGUGUGUAUAUCUAAAUGUUGUUGUUUUUUUAUGUUUUCUAAUUAAAAUAUAAAAAGUGA